AUGAAUAGUUCCGACUCCGAUAAACCGACUUACGAAGUUCCACAAUACAAAGGACCUCUGACGAGGCUAGGGUUAGUCACCAAUGAGAAACUGGACAUUGGGCACAAGCCUCUACCAAAGCCUCACAGAUUUGCUAAACUUAAGUUUGCGCACAUGCAGAUCGAAAGGAAGGGGUAA